AUUCAACGUGCCAACCAGUACGUGCCGCAUGAAGCGUUAAAAGCUCUAAUUGCCUUCAUCUCACACAGUCCCUUAUCCCUCAGGUUGGUUCAUUUGACCGGUUGCAAUCAGACCGACAAAGAUGGCGCGUGCGUGCUCUACAAGUGUGACAACAUGCCAGCAACCUGACAUGCUGUAUCUCAGAACCUACCUCCUGGUUUAUUUCUCAAUUAGGCUACCUCCCAGGAUCGUCUUCUUAAUCUCUAACCUAAUCGAUCGAUGAAAUUCACGUACCCGCGAGUUCUAGGAGAUCUUGUCAUUCCGUUGGCUGUUUCAGGGGGCAGCGCCGACACUAAUGCCAACGGCUCAUUGACAGGACAAUUCCUACAUAAACGGCAUAGACUUCGAUUCCAACGGAGUCCUACAGGCAACAUGGUAUAUCCCCGGUGGGUCUCGCCAUUUCCGGAAGCAACACAAGUUCUAUUAUAUAUAGCACCUAUCGGGACUGCGUCAAUGACACUGGUCAGGAUGGUAGUACAUAUAUAGUAGAGGCUGCCUCCGAUGGACCCGAUAAUAACCGCGAUAUGAACUUGGCGUACUUACAGCACUGACCUAGAGCGAUCACUCGGUGCACG